AUGAAGAGAGAAGAUAUUGAAGCACAUCUUUCAGAGCUGAAAAGAAAUAUAGACUCCUCUCUUGCAUCAGGUGGAGGUGCAGCAGGAGGAGGAGGAGGAGGUGCUAUCAUUUACACAGGAGACUUGAAAUGGACUAUUAAUGAUGAUGAGAGAAGAGAUCAAGCCUCAACUGGUUAUAGCCCAGUUGAGCAUUUAGUUGCAGAAAUUUCAAGGUUGGUCUCAGACUAUGAAAAUAGCUCAAACUCGAGCUCAAAGCCAAAGGUUUGGUUGAUGGCAACUGCAAGUUACCAGACAUACAUGAGGUGCCAAAUGAGGCAACCACCUCUUGAGAUCCAAUGGUGUCUUCAAGCUGUUUCUGUUCCAUCAGGUGGACUUGGUUUGAGCCUCCAUGGUUCCAGUGUCCAUGACUCAAGAAUAAUCUUCUCUCAGAGCCCAUCUGAAGUGCUAGAACCAAAACCAUUCAACAGAAAAGAUGAACAAGAUCAUAACAUCACUUGCUGUGAAGAAUGCACUUCAAAUUAUGAAAAAGAAGCUCAGCAGCUGAAAUCUGGCCAGCAGAAAUUGCCUGCCUGGCUGCAACCACAUGGCACCGAAGCCCGUCAAAAGGAUGAAGUGGCUGAGUUGAGGAGAAAGUGGAACAGAUUAUGUUACAGUCUGCAGCACCAAGGAAGGCAUACAGUUCAGAAUCAUUUGAGCUCUGCUAAUUUGUACAACAAUCAAGGCUUAGUUGGAAAGAACUACUCUUAUGCUUCAACAUACCCUUGGUGGUCUACCCGAAAUGGGGUCUCCCCGGAUUUGAAUUCAAUCUCCUUUGGUCAUGAUCCAGCUUCAGAACCCACCCAUGGCUCUAAUCUCGUGCCCCGAUUCAGGAGACAACAAUCGUGCACAAUUGAGUUCAAUUUCAAUAAUGGGGUCCAAAAAAAUCAAGUGGUGGAACCAAGUUUGGAUUCUCUGAAAAGCACUGAAGGCAAGGAAGUAAAGAUCACCCUUGCUCUUGGCAACUCUGUGUUUUCUGAUUCAGGGAAAUCGGUGGAAAGAAAAAGAAGUGAAAGAACAAUGCAGAGAGCUGACAUGUGUAAGCUAUUGAAAGAGAAUGUUCCUUGGCAAUCAGAAUCCAUUCCUUCAAUAGUAGAAGCCAUCAUUGACUCCAAAUCGUCCCGGCAGGAGACUUGGUUGCUGAUUCAGGGGAAUGACUCAAUUGGAAAAAGAAGGUUGGCGCAGGCAAUUGCAGAACUAGUUAUGGGUUCUACUGAUUCACUUCUCCACUUCAACAUGAACAAAAGAGACAAUGAGAUGAACCCAAGAGCAGAAGUCCUAGGAAGAGCCUUGAAAUCCAAUGAGAAACUUGUCGUGCUGGUAGAAGAUGUUGACUUGGCUGACACCCAGUUCUUGAAAUUUUUAGCUGAUGGUUUUGAAACACGAAAAUUCGGAGAAGUCAGUAGAAGAGAAGGGAAUUUAGGCCAAGCCAUAUUCAUCUUGACUAAGGGUGACUCCACAAGAUAUGAAGACAAGGCAAAGUACCUGAAAUCUAUAAUCCAAAUGACAUUGAAGGUUGACGAAAAACAUAGUACUAGUCCAAGUUUUGGGGGAGUUAACUUCGAUCACAAGCGAAAGGCUGAGUGGGAGCUACAAAUCAAGACCAAGACUCCAAGAAUUGAAGAGAAGGAAGAUCUAAGUGUGGUUGCUGUUGAGAAUGUGAAUAGCAAGAAGGACUUCUCAAGGCAAUCAAGCUUCAACACCCUUGAUCUCAACCUCAUGGCUGGAGAGGAUGAUGAAAUUGAAGACAAAGCAGGGGAGCUGAGUCCCAUUUCAAGUGACUUGACUCGCGAAACUACCACCGAUCUCCAAACCCCACAUGGGUUCCUCGAAUCUAUCGAGAACAUGUUUGUUUUCAAUCGAAGUCCGGCUAGAGAUCGAGAGAUAAGCGAGCUCUUCAUGUCCAAGAUUGAAGGGUGUUUUGAAGAGGUAUAUGGGAAGCAUAACGUGGUUAGUUUUAGUGUGGAUAAGAGGGUGUUAGAGGGGAUUUGUAAUGGAUCUGGUUAUUUUCCCAAUAGCUUGUUUGAGAAAUGGCUGAAAGACAUUUUUCAAACAAGGUUGAGGGCGGUUAAACUUAGCGGGAAAGAGGGUAUACUUGUAAGGCUCUGUUUGGGUGACAAAGAAGAAGGCAUUUUGGAGGGUUUCUUGGGUUCUUGUCUUCCUAAGAAAAUCCAAAUUUCUUGA